AUGGAUCCCUCCCUCUACAAGCAGCGCACUACCACUCGUGGCUUGAAGUACAACUACUUCGCCGCACCCGGCGAUGCGUUCAAACCGACACUGCUUUUCGUGCACGGUUUCCCCUCAACCUCCCAUGACUGGCGUCUCCAGGUUGCCUUCUUCAAGAAUGCGGGCUACCCCAUCAUCGUGCCGGAUUUACUAGGCUAUGGCAGCACAGACAAGCCGGCCGAUUCUGCGUUGUACAGGUAUAGCGCCAUGUGCGCGGACAUUGUCGAGAUCCUGGACUUGGAGGGUGCUCGCGACGUGAUCGCGAUCGGGCACGACUGGGGUUCUAUUCUAACGUCUCGCCUGGCCGUCUUUCACAAGGAGCGCUUCCUCGCGUUUGCGUUCCUAGCCGUUGGCUACUCGCCAUCCGCCGCGGACUUCGACUACGAGAAGGGGCUCGCAUUAACAAAGCAGGCCCUUGGCUACGAGACAUUUGGAUAUUGGCGAUUCUUCAGCGAGGAUGGCACAGACCGCGUCAUUAAGGACCAUUCCGAGUCGUUCCUUUCCAUCGUCCACGCAGCCGACCCACAAAUCUGGAAAACAGACUUCUGCCCUUCUGGCGCGUUGAAGACUUGGCUGACCGCGGACAAGAAGUGCGCGGUCGGCUCGUAUCUGAACGACAAGGACAAGGAAAUUUUCAAGCAGAAUAUAGAUCAGGGACUCGGCGGUGCGCUCAACUGGUACAGGAUCAUGCUUUUAGGCAUCGCCGCCGAGGAUAGCAAGAACAUCGCGGAGCCGCAGAUGCUGAUCGAACAGCCGGUCUUCUUCGGUGAGGCCAAACAUGACGCCGUGGCCGUACCCCGGCUAUACCUCCCGCAAAUGCAGAAACUCUGCACUAAUCUCACGGUGCGAGAGUAUGAUUGCGGGCAUUGGGUUCAUCUCGUACUUGCGGAUGAUGUGAACUCCGCAUUGGCUGAUUGGAUCAGCGGAAUGAAAAAGCCGAAGCUGUGAACUCCGCUCUGGGCAAUUUCCCAAUGGGAAGCAGGAGAACAUGGUGGUAUAAUACUUGUGCUUAGAUACAUUCAUUCAAGAUCUAGCAUUGUUGCUGAACGU